AUGCAAGAGCCAAAGCCAGUCCGGUCUUCAUCGCUAGGCAUCUGUGCCUGCUUCACUCAAGAGUGCGAUCGCAGUGUCGAGGACGAUGUGGCCGGCAUCAAGUUUAAUGCUCUCGAGAGCACCAACCUCACUGAUCUGGGGAAACCAGACGCGAAGUUUCGCUGUCCAGUCAACAAGCAUCGAAGCCCGAAAAAUCUCGAAAUUCUCAGAAACGUAGAAGCCGCUUCAGGUGCAUCCUGGUAUGCCGUAGAUGGCCGCUUAAGAGACUGCACUGGUACUACACCCCACGAUAUCGUCUGCGGUAUCAUCAAGGACCGUGAACCACUUUGGGCCGAGCUUGAUAAGGCUUCUGAAUGCUAUACUCCAGUCGAUUUCAUUUACGUCACUAUCCCCACUGACCUCCAUGACCCUACGAAGCAGAUCACUGGUAAAUCCAAUAGAAUCAACUUGAGUGGUACCAAGAAAGCUGGUUCUCACGAUAUCGCAGCUCUGCAUGACAACGAUGAUCAGGACAACGAUGCUGAUGAACAGCGUACUACUACCUUCCGUAUGGGUUCGGCGCUUCAGUCGGCACCUCGCAAGGACGUAUGGCUGGCAGGACGAGGUGUUCCAGCUCACCUAAAGCCGUCUUGUGUAUGGCAGUCUUGA